UGAUGGUUCAGAGAUGGCAGGAACAGUGGAAUCGAGAUUCAAAGGGGAGGCAUUUAUUUGAAGUACUGAGGAAAGUCAGGGAGGACGACAUGAAGGGACAGGAGAGGAGGCUAGGCUAAUAAGUCCUUAAAUGUGAUAAUCACACUUUCCUAUUACCAGCAAACUGAAACCAUUGCGCAUGUAUUGCUACAGUGCGAGAGGGACAGAGCAAGACUGCGUUCUAGUAUGACGGGGAUACAGGACAUCCGUUUAAAGAGUAUAUUGAGUAGAAUUUUAUAUAUAAACCCUACCUGCCAGCAACGGUGCUGGAAAGCUACGGAAGUGGUGUUGGCAGGUAGGGUUUAGUUUCUCCACUCUCCAGUACAGUAAGUGGAGGUAAUGCACCAUUACGUUGGAUGCUAACCGCUGAUAAACCCCACCGAAGAAGAAGACGAAUAUUUGGAUGAGGACGCAUGCGGUCACCUUUACAGGAAUAAUUUUGCAAUGAAUUCCAACAUAACGUCAACGGAACCAUCGGACGACUGGGGUGACAUAAGUGAUGCAGAACUACUCGAUGUACAGUCAGGGCAUCUCGCCCCUCCUGACCGGUCCAGUCCGACUCUCGGUGGGAAUGUUGGUGAUGAUGGUCAGUCCCUAGAAACAACAGAGAAGAGGAUUGAUUACCUUAUUAAAAAAUGGCCUAACCUCGCUCCCCUGUUUGAGAGGGUGAAGAACCGGAGCGCUGCCUUGUCUGUUCCUAACCAGAGCCCAAUGGAGAGAUUUUUUAAACGUCACCUCAGCGUUACACAGCUAUGUGAGCAGUCUUGGUGUGAGAUCAAAAUGGUCUAUGGGUUCAUUAAGCCUAAAGUAAGGAUGCUAGAGAUGCAAAAGACAGAAGUGACAACUGGGGCCAGUAUUCAUCUCGUCAGAGAACUGGAGGUGAAACCAAAUGUUGUGACUGUGGCUGCUGUCACCAGGGAGGACAGGGAGGCUCUGAAGCUAAUCAACAUGCUACAGAUGGUCCCAGCUUUAGAGGCAGGCCAGCUUGUGCGGGAGUUCCCAGUGUUCGGUGUGUUGGAAGGGAUGUUCUUCAUGGGUGUGGCUGAUGAGCUGUAUCGUAGUGACUCUGGGGAACUGGUCCUGAGUGAACUGAAGACCCGCAGUCACAACUCUCUGCCCCGCCCAGCCCAGACCAAGGGACACGCUCUACAGGUGGGUAUGUACAAGCUCUUGUUUGAUUCCAUGGUAAAGGGUUCUUUGAAGAGGGACCAUCUCCUCCACAACCUUCAGCUGGAUCCUAAUCGGGUCCUUGGAUCAGACCUCCAGAUCCACACCCAGUCACUGGGCCUCCAGGCAGUCACAUUCAGAGAGCUCCUUGACCACCUACUGGUCGUCCUUACUUGUUCUAACCUCCAUGCUAUCGACAAGCUACGCCUGGAGUAUAGCCACCAGAGCUCCGGAAAGCUCAUUGGCACCAGGGAGGUAGCGUUUGAGGAAGCCCAGCUUAGGACUAAUAUCAGGGGCUACCUGGCUUACUGGAGGGGCGAGAGGGUGCCCCAGGGAGUGGAAGUGGAGGAGGCCUGGAAGUGCAGGAUGUGUCCGUAUGAGGAGACCUGUGACUGGAGGAGGGAUAGAUCACAAAGGCUAAUGAUGGUGAAUAAGAGAGCCAAGUUGGAGUGUCCUAAGUCAGAUGAUUCCAAGGCGAACGGUUCGAAUUUGAAUGGGUUGAAAUUGGGAGUCGAAUACCGGUAGUUCUCCUGAAUUAAAUAGCCCUAAACAUACAAAACCCCAGGCAUGUCUCCUGUAAUGAUUUUCUGGGUGUAGUGUGAAGUUCAGGAAGGUUCUAUCGAUGUAUAAUUGAAGGUGUAAGCCUAUUAAGCAAUAUUAAAGUCAUGUUUGUUUAGAGCUAAAGUGCCUUCAGAAAGUACACACCCUCGACUUGUUCCACAUUCUGUUGUUACAGCCUGAAUUUUAAAUGGAUUAAAUUGAGAUAUUGUGUCACUGAUCUAUACACAAUACCCCAUAAUGCCAAAAAUGAAAAGCUGAAAUGUCUUGAGUCAAUAAGUAUUCAACCCUUUUUAUGGCAAGCCUAGAUAAAUUCAGGAGUAAACAUGUGCUUAAUAUGUUACAGAAAUUGCAUGGACUCACUCUGUGUACAAUAGUGUUUAACAUGAUUUUAAAAUUAUUAUCCCAUCUCUGUACACCAGUGAUUCCCAACCAGAGGUACUAUGACCCCUGGGGGUACUUGGCCGAUCCACAGGGCGUACUUGAGAAGACACACCUGAGACCAUAGGCUUACUGGUAAAAAAUGCACAUGAGGGGGUACUUCAGGGGUACUCCGGGCAGAGCAAAAUUUAGUUGGUGGUACAGUAACCCGAAAAAGAUUUGGAACCACUGCUGUACACCCCGCAUACAAAUACCUGUAAGGUCCCUCAGUCGAGCAGUGAAUUUCAAGCACAGAUUCAACCACAACAACCAGGGAGGUUUUCUAAUAGUUCGCAAAGAAGUGGGCCUAUUGGUAGAUUGGUAAAAAAGAAGAGCAUGCAUUGAAUAUCCAUUUGAGCAUGGUGAGGUUAUUAAUUACACUUUGGAUGGUGAAUCAAUACACCCAGUCACCUCAAAGCUGCAGGCGCCCUUCCCAACGCAGUUGCCGUAGAGGAAGGAAACCGCUCAGGGAUUUCACCAUAAGGCCAAUGGUGACUUUAAAACAGUUAGAGUUUAAUGACUGUGAUAGGAGUUAACUGAGGAUGGAUCAACAACAUUGUAGUUACACCACAAUACAAACCUAAAUGACAGACUGAAAAGAAGGAAGCCUGUACAGAUUUAAAAUAUUCCAAAACAUGCACCCUGUUUGCAAUAAGGCACUAAAGUAAUACUGCAAGAAAUGUGGCAAAGAAAUGAACUUUUUGUCCAGAAUACAAAGUGCUAUGUUUGGGGCAAAUCCAACACAUCACUGAGUAACACUCUUCAUAUGUUCAAGCAUGUUGGUGGCUGCAUCAUGUUAUUGGUAUGCUUGUCAUUAGCAAGGACUAAGGAGUUUUUUUUAACUAAAUGGAAUAGAGCUAAGCACAGGCAAAAUACUAGAGGAAAAUGUGGUUGUCUGCUUUCCAACAGACACCUUUCAGCAGGACAAUUGCCUAAAACACAAGGACAAAUAUACACUGGAGUUGCUUACCAAGACAACAUUACAUGUUCCUGAGUGGCCUAGUUACAGUUUUGACUUAAAUUGGCUUGAAAAGCUAUUGAAAGACUUGAAAAUGGCUGUUUAGAAAUUAUCAACAACCAGUUUAUGAGCUUGAAGAAUAAAAAAUAAAAAAGAAUGUGCAAAUAUUGUACAAUCCAGGUGUACAAAACUCUUAGAGACUUACCCAGAAAGACUCACCUCUGUAAUUGCUGCCAAAGGCGAUUCUAGCAUGUAUUGACUCUGGGUUUCCAUUAAAUAAAAAAGUAAAAUGUCAGUGGAGAGAGUGAAAAAUCAAGAGUAUGUUGUGUAGAUCGUUUGCAAAAAAAUACUAUUAAAUCUGUUUUAAUCUCACUUUGUUACUUGUGGAAAAAGUCUAGGGGUGUGAAUGCUUUCUGAAGGCACUGUAACUACUUAUAAGUGUAUAUUCCUUUUUAUAACUAUCGAAAUAUAUAUGUUCACUUUUUGUACACUUUUUUUAUACUGGGAAAAAUAUUUUGAAUGCCAUGAAAUGCAAUGCAAUAAAUUUAAA